AGCCCAUUAUCGGUGCGCUUCCAGACCCUCGUCUUUUUCGCGAUGUCGUAAAGGCCGCAAAGUGUGCUUUAUUUGAUCUUCGGGGAAUGAUCGAUUCUUAAUCGGUCAGCGGAUGCCCCCUGAUUUGAAAUAUGGAAAUGAGCCGAUUCCCGUGUUUUGAAAGGCGUAAGGUAAAAUAAAGAAGGGAUCGGCGGAAAAAAGUAUAUAAUAUUGGCGCGCUCGAGGCCGGCCCGGCUUUGCGACAGACGUUUUGCGGCGCCUCAGUGUCCGACGGCCCAACAUGGCGACCAGUGUUCUCUCAGCGUUACUCUGCCAACUGUAAUCUGGAUUUGGGACCUCUUUUCAUGUAGAUUCGGCUCCCACUGAGAAAGAGGAAGAGAAGGCACGAGUAAUGGAGGAACAACAGCUUUUUGUAAUUUCUCCUGAUGGAGAUGGAGAACUGACCCUGAUGGAUACAGAAGGUGGCAUUUUGGUGGAGCAAGGGACCUAUUCCUUCACCAUACCGUCAGGUGGUCAGCAACAGCAGCAACAGCCACAGCAGCCACAGCAGCAAGUAGUCUAUGCUCAGCCACAACAGGUUGUGUAUACAACACCACAGCAGCGAGUGGUAUACUCACAGCAGCAGCAGCAACAGGUGUACCAGGUUGCUCCAACACAUUCUCAGCAGGUUCUCAUACAGCAACAGCAGAUAGCACAACAACAGCAGCAGCAACAACAACAGCAACAGCAACAACAGCAAUUACUACAACAGCAGCAGCAACAACAACAGGUUCAGCACCAUUACAUUACACAACAAGGCCAAAGGGUUAUCAGCAGAACACAGUAUGUUGCUCCAGAGCAGUUAAGACUCCAACAGCAGCAGCAGCAGCAGCAGGUACAGGUGCAGCAGCAGCAAGUACAAGUUCAGCAGCAGCAGCAAGUACAGGUGCAGCAGCAGCAGCAGCAGCAACAGGUGCAGGUGCAACAGCAGCAGUUAGCUCUGCAGACUCAGCCUCAGAUAGUCCAGACUGGGACAGUUGGAACGGGUCAGCUGCAGCAUCAACUGGUGCAACCGCAACAGCUCCUCCAGUCGGCCCAACAACCCUCCCAGGUCACCUAUCUUGAGCAGGAAAUUGUUUCCUUGCAGACAAUCAAAGAUGACAAAGGGUUGAUGCACAUAGUGCGUACCCCAAUAAACAUGAGCAACAUGCACCCUCAGUCCCCAGCUCAGGUGGGUGGACAGCCUGCUCUGACCCAGUCCACACCAUUGCUAUCCCCCCACACACCUCAGCAUGCUGCCCCUAUGUUGCCCGGGCUGGGGAUCCGUGCUGGCACACCCCAGACUUCUCUUGCAUUGUCCCGAGGUCAAGGCCCAAGACUUCAGCGUAAUAACUUACGACCCGCUACCCCCACCCUCCACCAACAACCCCAGCAGCAAGAUGAACAACAAGCCUCAUUCCAGGAGCAUUAUCUAAAACAACUGGAGAACAAGAUAACCACUCAGCAGAAGGGUGUUGGACGAGGCAAGGUAAUCAGGCCCUCUGCAGAAAAACGCAAGAUGCUCUCACAGCAACUUGGGAACCCACAACAACAACAACAGCAACAGAAACAGCAGGGCUUAGUAAGUCGGCAAGGUCAGGCCAUGGUCCAACGUGGGCCAGGUGUGGUUGGUCCAGUGAACCAGUCUCCCCAGGUUCAGCAGCAGCAACAGCAGCAACAGCAGCAGCAGCAGCAGCAGCAGCAGCAGCAGCAGCAGCAGCAGCAGCAGCAGCAGCAACAGCAGCAGCAGCAGCAACAGCAGCAGCAGUCGCCGCCGCCACCGCCGCCACCACCACAACAGUCACAGCAACAGAUAUUGGUUCAGAGCACAACCCCAUCCAAGAAGUUGUCAUUGUCUCAGUAUAGACAGAGGAGGUCUCAUGAUCUCAGCAGGGAACUACAGCAACAGCCACAACCGCAGCCACAACCACAGCCACAGCCACAGCCACAGUCACAGCCACAGCCACAGCCACAGCCACAGCCACAGCCACAGCCACAGCCACAGCCACAGCCACAGCCACAGCCACAGCUACACCAACAACAACAGCCACAGCAACAGCAACAGCAACCACUACAAACACAGAAACUACAGGUUCAGCAGGGAACCACAAAUGAUGAAGUGAGAAUACCUCUGUCAACAAAUAACACACUUAAUGAGCAAUACUAUUAUGUGCAGCGGGCAGAUGGUAGUAGGAUAUUAGCAGUUGUGUCAUUGAAUCAGGGAGCUUCAAAUACUACAGCACAACAGUCCUCUACAAGUACUGUCACAACAAUGGCAGGUUCACAAACGCCACACAUGAGUUCAGCCAAAGUCGGUGCCAACUCUGUGUCUAAGGCAAAGCCUGAGGAGGGACUGAUUCUUAAUAGCAGUACUGUAGCAAAGUCUACAAGUCUGCAAGUAGCCCCAACAAAUUCUUCCAGAGUCGUUUCCCCCAGCAACCCUCUAGUGUCCAUAGCUGCCAAAACCCCUCCGCUCCAGGAACAAACUGUCCACUCGACUGUUUCAACAGAGCAGACAGACACAGAAGGGAGUGGAAAACGGCGGUUUAUCAAAGGCCGGGUAGCAGUGUGUAGCAAUUGUGGCAUCCUGAGUGAAGACCUCCUAACGUGCCAAAGGUGUAAUCACAGGACAGACACAGCACGCACCCUGGCUCAGUCGACCAUCACCACCUCAGGGAAGAGCUCAACAGCUGAUUCUACAGUGGUGGGAGGAAGGGGUGUUGGCUUCUCAAACAUGCAUAUAAUGAAGCAGGACUUCUAUGGAAAGACAGGGGGUGGUGUCAGGAAGGGGGUGGAGAAGAAGCCCACACCUAUUCUCAACCAGAAGGCCAAGGGGCGCGGCAGGGGGCGUGGCAAGACCUAUGAGGAGCCAGUUAUCUUGACCCUGUCUUCGGAUGAGGAGGAGGACGACAAGCGGCCCCCAGGUGUGGCUGGAGCGGCAGGGAAUGGGGUUUUCUCCAGCCUGGAAGUGAGUCACCCCAAGGUCCCCCCAGAACCCAUCAGCCACAAGGAACCCAUCAUUACCCUCAAGGAUGAUGUACCGAAGGAAGAUGCUAGUGGGGGGGUCACAGGUGGAGGAUUGCCAGAUCUUCAAAGUCUUGUUGAUGGCACCUUAAAGGGUCCAUACACAUCUAUACAGUGUAGAAGCAUCCGUAUUGGGUCGUACAAGGUCAUGCCUAAAGAGAGGGUAUUGAUUGUGCCUCAAGGUCUUCGCCUAAAGCUUCCCACAGUUAUUGAAGAUACGAGUGAACCAGUAUCAUUUGACAUUCCAAUUAAAAGUAUUGUGAAAAUCCUGGUUCAUUUUGGGAGAUCAUUACCGGUUCUCUUUAUAUAUGUAAGACCUUCCACAGCUGCGAAUAUCAGAAGAAUAUUAAAAAUGUCAGACAGAAAUGGAUUUUACUUUGAUCCUUGCAGUUACGAUGAGUCACAAAAGCGCAUCACAAUCCUCCCUGACAAGAUGUCAGAGGAGACAAAGUCACUAGUGAAGGAGAUCCUGAGCGCAUCAAACCCCAAGCCUAAUGGUGGGCUUGGAACAAGCACGACUUCAGUGGAUAUUGGGGCCAACCUGUAUGAGGAGCUUGACCAGAAGGAGGCCAACGAGAUCCUGGUCAGGUCUUCACCCAUGGAGGUGCAGAGCUUGAUAAAGAAGGCACCUGUCACAUCCGGUGCUAACGAGACCAAGACAUUGCUCAUAUACCCACCGCCACCGCAGAAGGGAGGAAUAUCUAUCACAACAGAUGACUACUGCUGCCUUGAGGAAGAACAAUUUCUCAAUGAUGUUAUCAUUGAUUUCUACCUCAAAUGGCUACUCCAAAGCAAACUGCCAGAGAUUCACCGCAGCCACACACAUGUCUUCUCAACAUUCUUCUACAAACGGCUUACCUCAAAACCUAAGAGGGGCCGGAGACCCCAUACCACAGAGGAUGAUCCCAAGCUCUCCCCAGCAGAAAAACGACAUGCGAGGGUCAAGUCCUGGACAAAAAAUGUUGAUAUCUUUGAAAAGGAUUUCAUCAUCAUUCCUAUUAACGAACAUGCCCAUUGGUUUCUGGCAAUAAUAUGCUUCCCUGGCUUAGAUUCCCCAAUCAGAAUCUGUGAUGGUCAGCCUGUGGCACGGCCACUAUCUGACAAACCUAAGCGACGUAGAUCUACCAGGCCCAAAAACAGAAUUGAGCAGAUCCCCAUCAUCGAUGAUGGUGAGUGGAGCGAUCGGGAUGAGGCUGAGGGAGAGGAGGAUGAACUUGAGGAGGAUGAGGAAGAGGAGGAUCUCCCAGCUACCAAGAAGAACAAGCUGGAGGCAGGCAAGGCUGAAGAAGCACAGGGGCCCAAGGAGGCAGCCACCCCACCACCUGCUAUUAAGCAACCCUGCAUCCUAAUAUUCGAUUCCCUGACUGGUGCCAAUCGUUCACGCAUCGUGGCAACCUUGAGGGACUACCUGGCUGUGGAGCACAAGAUCAGGAGAGGCAGUGAGAAGCUCUUUAGCAGAGACACGAUGAAGGGUGCCUGUCCUCGUGUCCCCCAGCAGAUGAACUACUCUGACUGUGGGAUUUACACACUGCAAUUUGCUGAGAGUUUUUUUGAGCACCCAUUGAAAGACUACACCUUCCCAAUCCGCUCUCUCACGGAGUGGUUCCCCCACGAGGUGGUCAGGGGGAAGCGGGAAGCCAUGGCAAAGCUGAUUCGCAACCUCAUGGAGCAGCACAACCCCAACCACAGCUCCAUCACUCUCCCAGACAUCUACUUCAGCUCUGAUGACAAGAAGGACAAAGGAGGGACAAGCACAGCCCAUGCCAUUGAUGCCUCCCAGUCACAGAAAGAGGUGUCAGGUCAGGGGAAGCCAGGUGACAGCAAGACCCCAGAUGUGCAGCUGAAGAAGGAGCAAGAGAGGGUCAUCAUUAAGGAUGGCAUUCUAACCCAAGCUGAUGGAGUGGGAAGAGAACAGAAUCACAGGAUGGAGAUGUCCAGCAGUGCUGAAGUAGUCACUACUCUCCCAAGCAGUGACAGCACUGCCUGUAUCAAGGUGAAUAGAGUGACACCCUCAAAGAUAACGCCCACAAAGUCCCCCACCGUCAAUCCAGCCACGUCCAAGUCCCCCUCCAGUUACACGCCAGUGAAAACGUUACCAAAUUCUAGUAGUAUAAGCCAAGUGAACUCAGUGAAAUUUCAAGGCACAUCUUACUCACAAGCAAAAGGUAUACCAACAUCAAGAGUAGGUGAUGCAACAAUUGUACAAGAAACACAAUCUCCUCAGGUGAACAAUGUGAGAAGACAGGUGGUGUACUCAAGUGAUGAUGCCAUUUUCCCAGUCAAAGUUGAUCAAAAAAAAGUUCCUAUGAGAGAGAGCAAUUCAGCGCAGCUCAGCGAAACACACCAGGGCACAGAGGUCAGUGUAAGUAAGAUGUCAGCACUCACUUUGCUUCAGUCAGUAUACAGUGAUGAUGAAAGUGUAACAAGUAACAAGAUGAUGGGGGUCCAGUACGAUGGCAGCAACUGUUUAAAUCAGGUGAAGUCUGGGCCCAGUGUAGUGAAAGGUAAUGAAAAAGUGGCUGUGCCAGAAAUGAAUGGUGCACUGGAACAGGUAGCAAGGGAGAAAAUUCAGACGUCGGUGCAGAAUGUGGUAAGUGUUGUAAAUGGUACAGUUCAUAGUGACCUAAAAGGUAACCACAUCAUGCAGGUGUCUCCCAAUAAAAGUCUCCCCAUGCAGUCUCCUGUUCGUAAAUGUAUUGACAUCCCCCAGGUCCUGCAUUCCUAUCCUCAGGCCAAAAACUUUCCAGCUGCCAGUCAGUUUGUAUCAAAUGUAAAUACUUCCAAUAUAACAGUUCAGAACAUAAAUAACACAAAGACAACUUUUCCAUGUAGUCCAGUUACAAAAUCUCAUCCCCACUCUAUGGCUCCUUCUCCACAGUCUAAGAAAGUAGAGUCAGUGAUGACAGGCAGCCUUGGUGUGGACAAGGUGGGGAACCCGGUGAAGGCAGUUGAGUCCUCUGGCCAGACAGCCAUCAUUGAUGAGGACACGGCUGAGGUGCUACUCAUCAUGCCUGCCAAGAACCAGACAUCCGGCCAGAUUCCUCGGACUGCCAAGAAGCAACUAGAGAACUCUUCACCAGAGGACGACAGCAUCAUGAUAGAAGAAGGCCCAGGUUUUGGGGGCUAUGUGACAGCAGACCGUAGGCCCAUGAAGAACAGCGUAUCGUCUGGAUUGCCAAAGAUGGGUGCGGUUGGAGGGGGGCACGAGCGUAGUGACAUCAGACGCAGUAGUGGGGCAUUUGGCACUUCACCACCACACUCUGGGUCUUCCUCUCCCACACAUGCAGGAGGCACUGGCACUCCUGCUGUGUUUAGGUUCAGUGAGCGUGGCACAUCUUCAGGCAGGACUAUUGCUCCUCCCAAGCGUUACCUUGAUGAGGAAGAUGAGUUAUAUCCAAAAAAACGACGUGAUAAAACAGUACAAGGCAAAGCGCGUAGUAUCGUCAGAUAAGUCUUAGGCGUGUUUGCAGAAACUAGUGAAUAUUACAAGUUUUUAGAAUAAAUUGUGAUGGUGAGCUUUCAGUUCAUACUGGAAGAAUGUCAUGAUUAUCAAAAAUAAAUAUUAUUUUUUCAAGAGAACAAAAGAGAAAAGAAAAGAAAAAAUCCGUUGUAAAUAUUCCUGAUUAGUGUCUUUUUUUUUUUUUUUUAAGUAUAAGCCUUCUGUCUGAGGUGUGAAUACUCUUAUUAUUGACAGUAGUACAUUAAAAAAAGUCCUCUUUUAAGUUGUCAGUAAAAAGGGAAAAUUGCAUGUAAUUUAAGACAAAUAAAUUACCCAUACAAUUUACAUAUUUUAAAUCUGCUAUGUUAGCAGUGUAUAUAUAUAUUUAUAUAUAUGUAUAUACAUGUCUGUCAACAUAUCCACUGUGAAUUGCUUGUGUAAGUAGGCCAGUGAUAAAAACCGGUAUGUCAGGUUCAAGAUGCAAAUAAGCUUUUUAUCAGCUGAGUAAGGGAGUUUGAAAGGGAAAAAGUUCUCAGGAAGGUGUGUGACAAAACUAACUACAAGUGUUUUUUUCAUUGUUAGAAGGAACAGUUAAAUAUAUAUAUGCAUUAAAGUCUCUCCUCGCGUACAAAUUUUAGUUGUAUAAUCUUGGGGGUUUUGGUCAUUUCACUUACAGGCCUUUGUUUUACUCUCCCUGUUGAAGUGGGCACUCUUCAAGCUUUUGAAGCCAUCUAAAUGAAAUGAAUUCAAGAACAUUUUUAAUAAAACCAGUGCAAAAUG